AUGCUCACCCAACCACACUGUCUAUUUCUCUUGUGCAUAACUGCAUCGGUUACGCCAGUUCCAACACCGGGACGGACACCAAAAGUAUAUAAUGCUCUCAUCACCUCUAAUCAAAAUCUAGAGCCAAGUAAAGCUUACCCAGUGUACCAACCAGUGAUACAUGAUGCAGCGUUAACCUUUCCACUACAGUCACCCUUCUUCUACGGAGGUGAAUUACCUAUAGGCAAUGGAUUCAUUCCCGCGCCAGCUUUCCUACCUAAAGUACCGCAAGCAACACCCGACCCGCCGUCUGCACCAUCAUCUGAAGCACCAGCGAUCCAAGUUGUACAAACUACAGGACAACCAGAACAAACUCCUGCACCAAGCACAGUGCAACCCCAGACUGAACGCAAAUCUCCUGAAACACCUCCCCCACCACCAAAAACAGAAUCACCUAUACCCCUGAACGAGUUUGGACUCCCACCUCAUGUAAUACCACUCACCAGUACUUACAACACCAUUCCAAACCUUGGACAUUUCACUUACGCUUACCCAACACUCAGAUUUUACGAUCCUUUUGACCCAUUCAGCUUUAAUCCUUAUGCCGGGGUGCCACCAUUGUACCAUCCUUUGACAAAUGUUUUAGGACAAUACGAAUCUCGAGUAUCUACUAAAGAGGAGGUUACCCCCGCUCCAACAGUUGUUAAUCAACCAACUUCUACACCACCCCCUGAACCUAGCGAUCUUAACGUCUUAAACUAUUCUCCCAAAGACCCUGAGAUUGCUAAUGUACCUCCACCUCCUUUGCCAAAAGGUGGACUAAAGCCUGAUAAAUCUGAAUAA